AUGGACAACUCUUCAGUGAACUUCACCACUCUUCAAACAAACUACACAGCUGAUUCCUUUCAUCUAAUCAGCUUGGCGUGUGUUACCAGCUUUAGUUUUUUUGUUGGUUUUCCUACACACUCCUAUGUCAUAUGGCUCAUCGUCACAGGAAAAGAAAGUGGACUUGCAUCAGAGUUCUUCAACCUCAAUCUUUCCGUUUGUGAGAUCGGGAUCUGUCUGAAAAGUUUAUUUGUUCUGCUGUCAUUUUGGUUCUCAAUUUUUAACAUCUUGCAACCGAUUUUGACGGGGCUCGUCAUCAUGGGUCGCCCUCUGUUUCAGUGUCUGAUGUGUGUUGAGCGUUACCUGGCAGUGGUUCAUCCUGUAACCUUUCUGAAGUACAAACCUCUCAGAUAUAGAGUGAUCUGCUGCGCUGUGUCCUGGAUAAUCACUCUUGGCUCCUGUUUUGUUAGCAUGUUUUUCUUAAAUUUAACAUACAACUCUUUGUGGUUAUUUGUGCUGCAGUUCUUCCUCUUCAACUCCAUCCAGUUGUUUUGUCUUGUGGCUGUUCUCAGAGCUCUGAAGCAGUCAGGACCAGGAGAGAGAAAGAAAGAGGAACACCACAUGAAGAGAAGAGCGUUUUAUCUUAUUCUAGUAGUUACUGUUAGCAUGGCUAUUAUAUAUGUUCCGUGUAUAGGUUCAGGAUUAUUUGUGAUCUUUACCCAACAGUAUAUUCCGUAUCUUUGGUUUACUUCUGUGGCUUGUUAUGUUCUGGCUGGUUUUGUGCAGCCAGUUCUUUUUCUGGGUCGUGUUGGAAAACUUCCACUGUGUUUCUUGAAACCUGAUUUGAGAUACCACAGAUACUUUGAUGUCUUUGACAAUACAAGCAUGGGCUGGAAACACAGAGACAACUGGCUCUACACCUCACAAGGUGGGAAUGCGAGGAAGCUCACUCCUCUUCUUUCACCCUGA